GCUUGGGACGAGCCGUGGCGUCUCGAGCUCUGGCAGGUGCUGUUGAGGGACACCCAGUGGAUCGAGCUCAUCAUGAAAUUGCAGAUACGGUUCCAUGACGGGUAUGUGAAAGUGUCACCGGAAUUCCAGAAGGAUCCUGACAUCAUGGACCAGAUCCAACUUGUGUACUUGUACGUGUGGGCUUUUCGUGAGUUCAGCGACAGCCGUUGGAUCACCCUUGGUUCGAGUCAGAGGACAAUGUUGGCCGCAGAGUUGUUGGGGCUUUCGGCAUACGUCGACUACUUAUUGAACGAUGUCAAGGUUAGUGGGUAUUAUCUCAAAGGGUUUCUUCGGAAAACGGACAAGGUGCUUCACAUGACCGCCUUGGCGGCCACGUGUUCGUUCGCUAGUGACGAAACAUUGGCAAUGACACUGGAGGACGAUAGGUUGAUCAUCCGCCUGCCUGAAAUCGACCAGGCUGCCAUUAGUCAGCUCGAGUACGUAUUCAGCAUCAGCCAGCCUGUGUGGAACUACAUGGGCAAUGCACGCAAGAAGAGCGGUGGCGAGCUACGGAGCGAAAGCCUGCACGCAUCUUUGGUGAGCUCUUGUUAUUUCAACUGGAGGGUGAACGACUUGAGAAAACCGCCGUUCAGUUAUUGCCGCGGAGAUCUGGAUGAGAAUCUUGAUGCAAUUGCGAGGGGGCCAGUUCCUGAUGACCCUUUCACUUUGCAGAUGUACAAUUUGCUCUCGCUGGACGGGUUCCCGAGGGAACAGCUCAAAACAUUGCUUGAACUGCUUGGGAAUUGUCCUCAGUCAAACAUUACUGGUGAGCAAGGGCACGUAGGGGCUAGCAUCGGCAAGAAACGGCACCCCACAACCGAACACAAGAUGCUACAGACACGUGCGCAAUUGAUCCAAUUCAGACCUCUUUUGAACAUGACUAAGGAAGAGAAGCUCAAAGACAGACUGCUGCGGCGAAUCGACCGCAUCGAUCAUUAUAGCGCGGCGUCCUUUGGCGGGCGACAGGCGUACGUGCAAGAUCUGUCGAGGGUGUCAGCGACGAUGAAGCACAUGGGUUGCGGGGUGGCGCCGGACGCCCAGCAAAGAAUCGUUCAAAAGCAUGGCGAGAAAUGGAGUGAGAUGUCAAAGAACCGCCGUGAGAAUUGCGAGCGGCAGUCCUUCAAGCGGCAGCAGGAAAAGGUAGAUGCUAUCAACGAGGAGCGCGACAAGCUGUUGAUCGAUUUGAAUAAGGUCAGAGAGAAAACCAGACAGAAACUGGAUGCCCGCGCUCCUUUCCGAGUUGGCUCUUGUCGUUUAUCGGAUGCGCAGAAAGAGAGUCUGGACGCUUUGUAUGCAGACGCGAGGUACACGCACGAAUACGUAUCCAGUCGCAUCAGCGACGCUGAGAAGGACCUGGGGGAGCCGACGCAGCGCGAGUUAUCCGUGUUCCGCAUGGUCGAAGAGGAGCCCAAGGCGCGGCCACCGCACCCCCCAUGGGUGGCCACGGUCUGCCGCAACAAAGAUUUCUUCAAGCACUGCUCCCUGCGCUGGCCCGGGGAGCACGAAGCUCGCGUGGAGAAGUUUAUCUUUUCCAUGGAGAACCCUUUCAUCGUUGGUCUCCUCCGGCUGCAGGAGAUUGACGUGGACCACGCCGCCAAAUUCUUCGAUGCUUUCCCAGACCAGGGCGCUGCGAUGUGGAGGGAGAGUUACAGGCUCGACUUCGGCAUGUGGUCUUACACAGACGACCUGGGCGCAGUUCCUUUGGACCCGCCAGAGAUUCUGCAGGACUGCGUGUACCAGAGGCACGGGUUCAUCACCUCGGAUUCCGAAUGGGUCACCAUGGACUCGGUGAUUGGUUUGUUGGACCAGGCAGGCGGGCCCCCCUUGCGCGAGGGCGCGGAAGGGAGUUCUCAACCGACCGAGCCGCCGCCUUGGGUGGACCUCCCGUGGCUCCUUGAUGUGCUCCCCACCGGCGACCCCGACGCCGACCCCGCGGCAAAGGGCACCAAGAAGAGGAAACGAGCUUCCACUGGAGACGAGGGGGAGGAGGUGGACAUCAUGGACCUCGAUAUUUCGGCCGACGAGGUGUAUGACAUUCUCCGUGCGCACCGGGAUGCCUUUGCGCCUGCAGGGCCGGCGCCUCCGCGCAGAGAUUUCGUGGUCAUCCUGCGGGGGGGCUUGGACACGAAGAAACGCAAGGGGGUCGAGUACGACGUGUGGAGGGCAAAGACUGGAAAUGACAAGGGUAGGAAGUUCGCGGGGGACUUUGGCAUCGGCCAGACCUGCGACUUCACCAUCAGUAGGUAUGGCGACGAGGAGACCCACGCUCUGGCGGAGGCGUGGGUGCACAGAGUGGCGUACUUCCACGACGAAUGGGUUGCUGCGGGCAGCCCGCGGCUUCAUACGUGGGGCGCUGUUGUGGCGGCUUACGUGGAGCCGGAGCAGGUGCGCGAUAUGGAUGCGCCCGGCGCUCCGCCUGCCAUACUCGAGGGGCUGAGGCGGUUGCGUCGCGUCGUUCCUAGGAAUUAGACCGAUGCUCCAGUCGGUCGUCCCGGGCAGAAGCCGCCACAGCAUCCGUGAAAGCACGGCCCACCGCAGCUGUGGAAAACACGGCGGAGAACCGCCGACGAUUUUUUUACAAUGGGAUCCAAG